AUGGCACCUCAAUCCCUCACACCCACCAGGAACUUGGGCCGUGACUCGUUACGCUCCCUGGCACCGCUGCUCAACGACUUGCCCCCGCCAUCAUUCUCUAGCCAACAUUCUUCGCGUCGUCCAGCCCGUCCUGAUGAAGGAUCUUCCUUACAAGCUAAAAAUCCCAACAUGCCACUCCAUCUCAACCUCACCUGUUCCCAGCCUUCUACCUCUCCUCCUACCCCCAAAUCUAUCUAUCAACCAGAUCUUCCACGACCUUUGAUCAAGUCAUCCUCACUUGACUCUUCCUCUGGCCAAUCUGAAAGCCCCCCCACCCCAUCCGGGCAUCAGUUGCAUUCGAUUUCUCCCUCUUCUUACCAUGCCUAUCGCCCGGAAUGGAUUUCUGUUUCUUCCCCCAUCAUAGCUUCUUCCUUCGAUCAUCCUGACUACCACGUCGCCCCGCCAUCUAAAAGGCCCCGCCAAUUACUUAAUCCUGAACCGCGCCCACCCUUUCGGGUGGAUUCACAGCAUGAUACCGACACUCGCCAGCACCCAGCCCCAGCCCCUUCGAGAAUGAUGCCUCAUGGUUCAAAAACCCGUUUUCCCGAGCUAAACCCCGCACCAGGCCCCGAGAGCCAUGGCCCACUCGAGUCUCGUAGCGGUUCUUGCUCACCGUCUUCUGGCGAGGUCGAUGAACCGACGUAUCUCCAGCAUUCAAAUGACCACGCGCUCGGAUCUCACUCGUAUUCCCAUCUGGUUGCCAUCCCUCAUCCAAUCCUAAUGGAUGAGGAGCGGAGCAUAUGCUCCCGUGCCCUCAAAAAUACCAAACGCGCUGCUCAAAAUCGAGCUGCGCAAAGAGCUUUUCGAGAGAGAAAAGACCGCUACGUGAGGGAACUGGAGGCACGCUCGGUCCAACUCGAAGAAUACCUCGCACGAAUUGGACUAUUGGAGGAGCGUGAGCGUGACAUAGCAGCUCGCGAGGCUGAGUUAAAGAAUGCCACACCUCAAUCUGCCACGGUAGAUGAUCGCGGAAAUAUGUAUUGUAAACCGAUGACGAGUGAUGACGAAACGUUAAAUCGCAUUAAUCGACUGGAGCAUCAGCUAGAAAAUUCCCGUGGAGAAAUCGCCAGAGCCAACACACUAGACGGUCAAGACCCCUUGGUCAGAUUGCGAGGCAUUCAGAGCCAACCGAAGCACACGUGGGUCGAUAAACGCCGACCACAUUGA